CUCAAUGACAAUUAUGCAACGGCCCCGCCCUCACUGUGGAUUGAACGCGCCUGCUCAGUCCGUCCGCCCCUCGCUGCUUUCUCCUUCACUGUGCCCUAUUGCGCGAUACACAGCGUUCUGAAACUGUGCGCAUCGUUCAACUACUACAAGAGUCAUGUCAGAGACAGCAGAGGAGCAGGUAGCGGCAGUGGUGAGCGUGGUGAGCGUGGCGCUGGCGGAGGAGGUGACAUUAGAGGUCAAGCAGGCAGAGAGCAAAGGCAGCUGUGGGGCCUGUGAGCAGCACACACCCAAGGGACCUGUCAAAAUGGCCGUCCCCCCCUCAUACGCUGACCUGGGCAAAUCUGCCAAAGACCUCUUCAGCAAGGGUUAUGGCUUCGGUGUCAUCAAGCUGGACCUCAAGACCAAGGCCCAGAGCGGAGUUGAGUUUGCCACCUCUGGCACCAGCAACACUGACACAGGGAAGGCCGGAGGCCACCUGGAGACCAAGUACAAGGUCAGCGAUCUGGGCCUGAGCUUCAACCAGAAGUGGAACACAGACAACACCCUGACCACCGAGAUCACUGUGGAAGACCAGCUGGCCAAAGGUUUGAAGGUGGCCCUGGACACAUCCUUCGUGCCCAACACUGGGAAGAAGAGUGCCAAGCUGAAGACCGCCUACAAGCGAGACUUCAUCAACAUGGGCUGCGAUCUGGAUUUCGACAUGGCGGGCCCCACCGUCCACGCCGCCGCUGUGCUCGGCUACGAGGGCUGGCUGGCCGGCUACCAGAUGGCCUUCGACACCGCCAAGUCCAAACUGGCCAAGAACAACUUCGCUCUGGGUUACAAGGCCGGAGACUUCCAGCUCCACACCAACGUUAACGACGGAACCGAGUUUGGCGGCUCCAUCUACCAGAAGGUGAACGAGCAGCUGGAGACGGGGGUGAACCUGGCCUGGACGGCGGGCAGCAACAACACCAGCUUCGGCAUCGCGGCCAAGUACCAGCUGGACAAGGACGCUUCGCUGUCUGCCAAAGUGAACAACGCCAGCCUGAUUGGAGUUGGAUACACACAGAGCCUGCGGCCAGGAGUGAAGCUCACCCUCUCAGCUCUGAUCGACGGGAAGAACUUCAACGCCGGCGGACACAAGGUGGGCAUGGGCUUCGAGCUGGAGGCAUAAGGACGAAGGCACAAGGAGGAGGAUGAGGAGGAGGAAGAGAAGAAAGAUUAGAGCCUGGUUCCGACAAAACCUCAAAGUCCCCUUGUCACACCUUGUCACAUGUCCCCUCUGUGCGCACAGAAACACGUUCACCACCCCGUUUUUUGGCCUUAACCCCCCUCACCCCCCCCCCCCCCCCCCCGGCACCCUCCACGUCACCAACCUGCAGUACUGUAAUAAACAGACGGACUGUCAGCUAUCCGAGUUGUUAUUUUUUGUCUGGGUUCCAUAUGAUGUACGGCAAGAUCUCUGUGCUCUCUCCGUAGCAAUGCCCCUUUGUAAACAAACAAUCAAGCGCAUUAAGAAACAAAACGUACCUCGACAACGAGGCAGAGCGAAACCUGCAGGGCUCCUCACCUCAGACGGAGAACCGAUUUCCCCCGAUUUGGACGUUACCUGGCAACCCCUCCUCGAGUGGCUCCGCCCACCGUCUGCGCUCUCUUGGGAGUGAACGAGAGAGUGUCUCGGAAUUCCAAUUCAGGAAGGGUCGCCAGGCAACACCAGGUUGGGAGUAGGGCGCGAGGUGAGACGGAGCCAGGUGUCGUGACAACAACUUGGUCCAUGGUUCAAAUACGUGUUGUGGGAGAAAGGCUGAAGCACUCUUCUCUUCAGAACAGUAAUGUUGUCAAACGUCGUAGAAAUAUGUUCUCCAGAAGAGGAGUUCCGGACUACGUACAGAGAGGGUAUUUAUUAUCUGUUUAACUGAUUUUAGUAAACUGCAAUAUGAGUGGAUGGCAAAUCCAGAGUGCUUAGUAGUAACUCAUCGAUUGGUUGAAAUUUGUGACCCUCAAACAUCUCCAUCGUGAGUCGGUUUCCAUGGUUAUGCAUUGUGGGAGGGGCUUGUAGCAGUUGAUUGUUCCUCUGUUUCAUCUUAUCUAUCCAGUCGAUCGUUUUCGUUUCAUUUCGUGUCUGUGCUGUGCUUGAAAUUAGGAAGGUUACGGAUAGUUUAAACCUCAAACUGACUUUUAAGGAAUUCAUGGAAUAAAGAAUGUGAAACGGU